UUUAAUUUUUUUUUAUUGCGAGAAGCUUUUCUUUCAUUUUUUCGCAUGAAUCUCCUCGACCCUUACCUGAAGAUGACAGAAGAACAGGAGAAGUGUCACUCUGACGCUCCCAGCCCGAGCAUGUCUGAGGACUCCGCAGGCUCACCGUGCCCGUCCGGGUCCAGUUCGGACACUGAGAACACCCGGCCGUCCGACAACCACCUCCUCUUGGGUGCAGACUACAAGAAAGAGGGCGAAGAAGAAAAGUUCCCCGUCUGUAUCAGAGAUGCGGUGUCCCAGGUGUUGAAGGGCUACGACUGGACUCUGGUACCCAUGCCUGUGCGCGUCAACGGCUCCAGCAAAAGCAAACCUCACGUCAAAAGACCCAUGAAUGCAUUCAUGGUCUGGGCUCAAGCUGCACGGAGGAAGCUGGCCGAUCAAUACCCGCAUCUGCACAACGCGGAACUCAGCAAAACCCUGGGCAAACUGUGGAGAUUGCUCAACGAAUCAGAGAAGCGCCCGUUUGUGGAAGAAGCUGAGCGUUUGAGAGUGCAGCAUAAGAAGGACCACCCCGACUACAAAUAUCAGCCAAGGCGGAGAAAGUCUGUCAAGAACGGGCAAAACGACCCCGAGGACGGCGAGCAAACCCACAUCUCUCCAACGGCGAUCUUCAAGGCGCUGCAGCAGGCCGAUUCUCCAGCUUCAAGUUUGGGCGAGGUGCAUUCUCCCGGAGAGCAUUCAGGUCAGUCCCAGGGCCCUCCAACACCCCCAACCACCCCCAAGACAGACCUCCCCACCAGCAAAGCCGACCUGAAGCGCGAGGGUCGCCCCAUGCAGGAGGGCACCAGUCGCCAACUUAACAUCGACUUUGGCGCUGUGGACAUUGGCGAGCUGAGCAGCGAGGUCAUCUCCAACAUGGGGAGCUUUGAUGUCGAUGAGUUCGAUCAGUACCUGCCGCCUCACAGCCACGCUGGGGUGACCGGAGCAGCCCAGGCCGGCUACACCAGCAGCUAUGGCAUCAGCAGCUCCUCAGUCGGCCAUGCGGCCAAUGUCGGGGCCCACGCCUGGAUGUCCAAGCAGCAGCAGCAACACUCUCUGACCACCCUGGGAGGAGGAGGAGAGCAAGGCCAGCAGGGUCAACAGAGAACCACCCAGAUCAAGACGGAGCAGCUGAGCCCUAGCCACUACAGUGAGCAGCAGGGCUCCCCGCAGCACGUCACCUAUGGGUCCUUCAACCUGCAGCACUACAGCACCUCCUCUUACCCCUCAAUCACAAGAGCACAGUAUGACUAUUCAGACCAUCAGGGUGGUGCCAACUCCUACUACAGCCAUGCGGCUGGCCAGGGCUCCGGCCUGUACUCCACCUUCAGCUACAUGAGCCCCAGCCAGAGGCCGAUGUACACCCCGAUCGCCGACACCACCGGGGUGCCCUCUGUGCCGCAGACCCACAGUCCGCAGCACUGGGAGCAGCAGCCCAUUUAUACACAGCUCUCCAGGCCUUGAGGGGGCCUCCAUCAGCACUGACUGAACAAGACCCAUCAAAUCCAUAGACUCCUUUCUGCACGGUGGCCUUUGUGCCGCCAUGACAAACACCCUUCAUCGGCAACAUAAAAAACAUGACAAUGACUUUUUUUAUAGUACUGAAAAUAUAUCUUUGGAUUGGCUCACAACAGUGCCUUUUGUAUUGGUUGGAAUUGUGAUUAUAUUUUUUUAGAUAUAAUGUUUAAAAAAAGAAAAAAGAGUUAAAUCCUCUGUGAGGACAUACUGGUUAUAAAUAUUUUAGUAUGUACUGUGUAUGUGUUCUGCUCUUGUCAUCAUCAUCAUCAUCAUCAUCAUCAUCAUCAUCAUCAUCAUACUCAGUGUCAUCAUCAUCGUCGUCAUCACAAUUUGAAGAUUUAAUUAAUCUAAAGGAGCGGGAAUGCCGGGUACAAAACACCCUCAGUGGCCUUACUUCUCUAUUUUUUUGUACACAAGUAAGAAACAUCAGUUUACUGACACUGCCGUCUUAUAAUACCUACAGCCUUCAUUCUGCUUUGAAUUUUUGUACUGUACAUAUUUUAUUGUAAUUCCCAUGAGACGCAAGAAUUAAGCAAUGCAGGUUCGAAAUAGAUUUUAAUUUUUGGCCAUGAUAUGACCGUGUCAUCAGUGAAUUAGUCAAAUAUUCUACUUCUUGUUCUUUGCUUUAGCUCAAAUGAUUGUGUUGGAAACGCUAUAGCAGGUGCCAUUUAAUUCUUCUAGGGGCCUUAAUGUGUUGCUAGCUGUAACUGAGCGACGCUUGCUUUUAUCUGGGUACUGCCUUGAUACCAUUGGUGCCUCUGGAGUCACAGUGGAGAGGCUCCUUCCACUGGCAUCGCAGUGUUGAAACCAUGGCAUAGUUCUGACUUCCUGCUUGAGGAGAUGCAGGACGUGACCUUUGACCUGAUUCUCCUCAGCAGCCAGCAGGUCUGAGUCUGGCGUGCUUCUAUCAUUCCUACAGACCCAUCAUUUUUUCUAACCUUUUUUCUUAAUUUAUUCUUUAGCAUUAAUUUUAUUUGAGAAUAACUAUUUGCAAUUAUCUUUUUAAUUGGGCAGCAGCUAACUGAGAUGAAAGGUUUUCAGUGGAGUAGUUUGCUGUCAUAUGUGGUACAAAUUUGUUUAUUUAUCAUUUGUAAAUGUUUCCAUAUUAAAGUUUCUUUUAUUCAUGAUCUAGUUAUGUAAAGAUUACUUAUAAUUACACAAAGUCUUUCUCUAAAAAUGGAAAAACUGGAAGUUUUCUUUUUUUUUUCUCUAACAAAUGAAUUAAUGGAUAUGGAAGCUGCGGCUGUUAUUUUGUAAAGAAUUUACUGGAAUCAACAGAAUACUUUUUGUUUUUGAAAAAAAGUUGUGUUCCUCAUUUUAUAUUCUGUAUCAUUAGUUCUCAUCUUGUCAUCUCCUUAAUGCAGUUUCCGUAGGUAAACAUGGCAUUGUCUUAAAAGCUUAUCUUUUGUAUUAUAUUGUUUGCAAUAAAAACAAA